AUGACAGAUGCUUCAACUUUCCUUUGCUCAAAGUUUUCUGAGAUAACAUUAGCCAUCAAUACUUCUUACCUUCUCUUCUCUGCCUAUUUCUCUUUUACUAUGCAAAUCGGUUUUGCUUUGCUAACUGCUGGCUCUAUUCGUUCCAAAAACAUCAUGAAUGUCAUGCUCACAAACAUAAUGGAUGCUUGCAUAGGUGCUAUCUCCUACUUCAUUUUUGGAUUUGCCAUAGCUUUUGGACCAUCCAACGGUUUUAUCGGUUAUCAUCACAACUUCUUUGCUUUGAACUCUUUUCCUGAUUCCUCCGGCUACGACUUUAGCUUUUUCCUAUUCCAGUGGACCUUUGCCAUAACUCCAUCGGGAAUCACAAGCGGCUCUAUGGCGGAACGUACACAGUUUAUUGCCUACUUAAUGUACUCGUUUUAUUUAACUGGUUUUGUCUAUCCCACAGUUUCCCGUUGGUUUUGGUCAAGCAACGGUUGGGCUAGUGCAACACGAGAUCACAACAGCCUCUUGCUUAGCUCGGGUGCAAUCGACUUUGCUGGAUCCGGAGUGGUUCAUAUGGUCGGCGGGAUAGCGGGUCUUUGGGGAUCUUUCAUAGAAGGACCAAGAGUCGGAAUGUUCGAUGGAUCAAGAAGGGCUUCUACUGUACAUAGUCAUGAUGUUCCCCUUGUAGUGUUAGGUACCUUCCUGGUAUGGUUUGGUUGGCAUGGUUAUAAUGCAGGGUCAUUCUUAACUAUCUUGCAAAGCUACGAGCAGCAGUUUCCUUACUAUGGUCAGUGGAGUGCCAUCGGACGAACCGCAGUGACCACAACGCUGGCUGGGUGCACAGCGGCAUUGACCACAUUAUUCACUAAACGUUUCUUAGGAUCUCACUGGAAGGUCACUGACGCUUGUACAGGACUACUGAGUGGCCUGGUUGCAAUCACCUCAGGCUGCGCUGUUGUCGAUCCUUGGGCUAGUAUUGUGUGUGGCGUUGUCGCUGCGUUGGUCAAGAUUGGACUGGAUAAGCUAGCUAAGAAACUUAAAUUUGACGACCCUCUCAAUGCUGCGCAGCUGCAUGGUGGUUGUGGCGCAUGGGGCUUACUCUUCACCGGAUUAUUCGCUACCAAGAAGUUUGUGAACGAGGUUUAUUCGGGCGAUGGCAGUAGGCCGUACGGACUGCUGAUGGGCGGAGGAUGGAAGCUACUAUCAGCACAGAUCGUUGAAAUCAUUGUCAUCUUCUCGUGGGUGACGUUGACAAUCGUUCCCUUGUUUUAUGGACUUCAUAGAUUCAAUCUUCUCAGGAUAUCUACGGAGGAAGAGCUGGCUGGUAUUGAUAUAACAAGUCAUGGUGGAUUUGCCUAUCAUUACGAAGAUGAGGAAGUGGAAGAAACAAUCAAAAAGAGUCAGAAACUGAAGCUGUGAAGCUAAGAUCAGUAAGUGAAGUUAAGAACCAGAAAAGUUCGGAAACAAACAAGAAAGGAGACAAGAGUAGAGAAACAGAAGAUGUGGUCAAGGAACCAAACUGAUCAAGAGGGUGAUCAAAAGAGACAACCUGGAGAAAACUGAAAAUCAGUGAAGAGACCUGCAAAACGGAUGCAGAGACAGAGAAGAAGAAUCAAGCGUCAAAGUACAAAAGGUUAAGGUUUCAAAAAUUGGAAACCAUUGGUAAAAGUGAAGUUGACAACCAGAGGCCAGUGCUUCAAAACCAAAACAGAUUUUAUGUUUCUAAAUCCACAAGAUUCCGAUUAGCUGUUUACUGAAGACAACCCCAU